CUUGUUAGCGUGAAGAAAGAGUUUCCCGGUUGGGCUGCCGCUCCACGGACAACUUUUGCCUUCCCAUUGGCGGAGCGUGUCGUCAAUCACGCCCAAAUGGUCGGGCCGAUGGGCGUGGCUUCAUACUGGCUUUCCAAACUUUCGCCCAAGUCCCUCCCAUUCUAUCGAGCCGCCCUGCUCGCGUCCGUUUGUCGGCGGCUAGUGCAUCCAUUGUGGCUUCGGCGCCGAUGGGGAAGCUGCGGCAGCAUGGAGACGGUGGAGCAGCUCGUCUCCUUCCACCGCGUUCAGGUGCAGCUGAGUGGCGGCGCGCCGUGGGGCUUCACGCUCAAGGGGGGCACCGAGCACGGAGAGCCGCUCGUCAUCACCAAAAUCGAAAAGGGAGGGAAGGCGGCCCGCUGCGAGAAGCUGAAAGUUGGCGACGAGCUGAUUAACAUCAACGGCUCGGUUCUUUACGGCAGCCGCCAGGAGGCGCUCAUCCUCAUCAAGGGCUCUUACAGGAUCCUCAAGCUCGCCGUCAGGAGGCGCAGCAUCCCACACAUCAGGGCUCCCUCCUGGGUUCCGACCGAACUGCCCCCACCUCCUCCGCCUCACCCGCCCUGCCCGCCUCUCCCGGCCGACUCCCCCCCGUUGCCCCCGCCUCCCGCUCCACCUGCCAUGCAGCUCCACCCCUGCGCCUGCACGCUAACCUGGAAUACGAGUGACAACAGUGACCUGCCCAUGCAGUGGAGCCAGUUUUGUCGACCGUACUCGUCCACCGAUCGGAGCAGUUCCCUGGGCUCCAUGGAGAGCUUGGACACAGCUACGCCGGUUACGCAGCCCGACCCCGACCCCGACUCGCACAAUUCACCUGUGGACCCGGCACUCUUCAAUAGCCAGAGAGACUCUGCCUACAGUUCCUUCUCCGCCAGCUCAAACAUGUCCGACUACGCCACGGUGCCGCUCAGGCCCGGUGACGUGUGCCCCGUGGACAGGUUCCUCCAAAGCCUGGGGCCGACUUGUCCGACCUCCGCCACCGCCACCGCCGACGGAAGUUUAUACUACGGCGAGGCCCGGGCCGAGGCGCAGCGAGUUGGUUUGAAGUUCAGGUCAUUGACCCGACCCAAGCAGAAGCCCGUGGAGGUCAAAGGGAGGCCCUCCUCCUGUUCUUACGAGGAGGACAGGCGGGUUAAGGACUUUGACGUCAUAAGUAAUGGAGGAUGCGGACGAGAAGCACACACCAAUCCCACCCAGUCUCCAAACGGCGGGGACAGUGUCAAGAACAACCCCAGUUGCCCUCAUCUUCCAAAUAAACAUUGCGCUUCCGCUCCAACAGAUAUUUCCUAUGAGGAAAAUGCGCCUUCUCCAACUCAUCACGACUUCCCUAAAGUCGAAGAAGGCAGCCAAACCGGACCUUCAGAAUGCUUCUAUAGCCCAAUGGAAGGAUGCGCAUGUGAUAUGAGGGGCGGUGCGGACACAACCACACAUCAGUUCUCUCAGGCCUCUGCUGGUUCUGCUUCAUUAACUUCACAUGCCUCAUUAGAUGUUCCUGAGCAGUCUCAAAUCAAUCACCCCGCCUCUGCAGAUAUUCUUUGGCAGAACGACUUCGAAAAGACGCAACUUCAGUGUUCACACUUGAAUAGUAACAACUCCCCACCAGAACCGUACAGUCAGCCCUAUCCCUCAGAUGCUCCUCGCAGCCAGUGGGGUCCAGUAUCUCCAGGGCCAGCGGAGAGCCUAGAACCGUCAGACAGACAUUGCCCGGAGCCGCCGAACCAAUGGGGCGAAAGCUGCAGCUCCACCCCUGGAUCUGUGUUUUUGGAGGAAGGAAUGGGAGUCAUUCAGCAUCAUCACCCUUGGGGACGCUCUGUGAGCGUACCCGAGGACACAACGGGACCAUCAACACAGGGCGGGCUGGUUCCUGACCAAAUACUCGGAGGAGAUUUUGAGCCUCUUAGUGCGGCUGCCAGCGUUGACACGUUACUGGAGGCGCAAAGUGCAGAUGAGAGAAGAAGUGAAAACAACUUGAAGGAUAGCGUCGCCGUUGACGUUUCCGCGAAAAAGCCAAACCCGUCGAGGAACCAUCGGCGAAACCGCCGCCGUAGCGAGCGCUUCGCAACCAACCUCCGGAACGAGAUCCAGAGGAAGAAGGCUCAACUUCAGCGGAGCGCUGGCCCAGGAGGAUUGCUCUCUUGCGGCGAAACCGUCCACGAAGAGGAUGGUGCGGACCUCCCUGAUGAGUCCGAAGACCAGGGCCCUGAAGUUACAGAAAGAGAAACCAGCGCUCAACUUGCUUUGACUCAUGCUUCCGCCAAGCGGACCUGCGCACCGGAGGAGAAAUUAAUCCCUUCGAUCCAAAAAAACGGUGACAAUUCACCAUCCACAACUACAGCUGUUCAAAUUGUGGACACCGGUGUUCCAAAUUUUGGUGUUGGAGUCCGAGUUGUGGAGGAGCCAGCUCCUGCGGGCAAAGCUCGCCGCUGGCGUUGGACCCCCGAACAUAAGCUCCAACCGGAACCGGAACCCAGCCGACUGUACGGCGUCGUUGGAGAGAGUGUGUUAGGAGUCACCCAGUCAAGGCACGGCGUUUGCGCCUUCACCUCCACCUCCGCACCCUCCUGCGGCCGCUCUGCUUCCUGUUCUCGAGCGGAGGAGUCCGACAUCCUCCCAUUUGCAGAUCGGAGGAAGUUUUUUGAGGAGACGAGCAAGUUUACGGGCGGAUCCAAGCUGUCGGGACUUUCGAGUCCCAGGAAGGGGGAGCAAGGUCCGUACACAAACCAACGGAGGUAUUCCUAUCAGGGCGGGGUUCAACAAGAAAAGCCCCUGCUUCCAAACAGAGUGGAAGACAGGAGGCCAUCAGUAUGUAGCAGCCGAGACGGACCAAAGAAGGAGAGCGAACGGGUUAGAGAAUGGGAAGAGAGUGCAAGGGAGAGAAAGAGGGACAAUAUGUUGCGAGAAAUCGAGAUGCAGCGGGAGAAGGAAAGACAGGAAAGGGAAGUAGAACGAGAGAGACUCGGGGAGAAGGAGCGACAGGAAAUGGUCAGACUGUGGGAACGGGAACGCCAGAUGGAUCUCCAGCUCGAGAGGGCAAAGGAGAACGACCGUCUCGAUAAAGAACGAGAAGACGAGAUGCAAAGGGUAAGGGAAGAGUUUUGCGGCGGUUCUUUCACGAAAGAUGGCAACCGCGGAGAAAACUUCCAUCCGAGCCGUAGCACUCUAGUCCCGGCGUCUGCAUUCUACCCGGUCGACGGAGCAUCGCAGCAAGCGUUGCACCAGGGAUUCACGGCGAGGCGCAACACCCCGACACAAUAUCCUACCCGGCAGCAAGAAACAAGCAAACUGAACAGAAAGUACAGCCUGACUGAGAGAGACUACACCGGCUGGAGACGGGAGCCCCAUCCCCCGGACGGCAUCGGUCGACAUCAUCCGCCAUCCCGCCAGGCGUCACGGAUCCCACGACGGGUGGUCGGCGACCGACACGACUGCAACGGACACACGUUAGCUCCCCUCUCGCAACGGGGGCGCACCAUGUCCGAAAAUGAUCUCCACAUCGAUGCCGGUCAGCGUUGGUCGCCAUCGCAUUCCACCGCCGCCAGCCAGACGCUGAGCGAAGUGGAGGAACGAGCGGACGGAGAGCAAGACCCGUCGACCCGGACGAAAAAAAAACCUCCUCCGAGGCCGCCGCCGCCCAAAUGGGAGCAAUUCCACCGCAGGCGAGCGUCCCACCACACACUAUUUGCCUCGUCCUCGACUGCCCUUCCGCAAUACCCCCGCACGGGAGAGCAGCACCCUCCUGCUCAUUGUACCUCUGAGCCGUCCAGGCAGAGGUCGUACAGCCUCCCGCCGCAGAGACAGGAAGUGGUGGAGAGUUGCCCACGCUGCAGCUGCCACCAGCCUCAGACUCAAGAACCCGCCUUCUCUCCCGUGCCGCCCGAUCGGAAUCAGCUCUCCCUUUCCAUUGCCCCGCCCAGUCCCAUGUUCUCCAGGCGGGCCUUCAGGCCCGUGGUCCCGACGUUCUUUGACCAACACAAGAGGGAGAUUGCGGCACCGCCGGCACCUCAGAGCAGUGAAUCAAACAGCAGCUGUCGUCAAAUCGAGCAUCCUCACAAGCCGCCAUCUGAAGCUGAGUGGACGAGAGCUCCGUCUCCCAGAAUUCAAAACGCCAACAUGCUUCCACCUGCCGUGGCAAAUGGAUACCUUGGUGGCGUUUUACUUCCUGAAUCGCUUUCUGCGCUGGACGACAAGCAGCAGCAGCAGCAGCAAGAGAUGUGUCUGGGCUCAAACAUCCAGAGUGUUGAGCCACCAAAGGUUCUUGAAACCGAGUCAGAGGCGACCCUCAGCCCGAGCCCCACCCACAGCCUGGAGGCGGAACUGGAUGUCCCUUUAGAAACGGACAUUGACGACUUCCAGGAAGAUGACGGACUUCCUGUGGAGGAAGAGGCGCUCACCAGCGAGCUUCCUUGCUUCGCUUUGCCGGCCACUGUCCUGGAGACGGACAUUGACACCUUACCUGAGCCGCAGGCUGAUCCGGCGAGCGGUGCCCGGGCAGAGUGCAGCUCCGUGGAGGAGGAGCCGGAGAGUAGCAGGGAGGGGCUGAGCUUGGAUGAACUUUUCCCCCAUAGCAGUGAGGGAGAGUCGGGAACGGAGAGCUGGAGGGGUGCCUUCCAUAACGCCGAGCACAACACUGACAGUUUGGAGAGGCAGUCUGGGGCGAGCUCCAGCUGCUCCUCUUAUUACAGUACGUCGGCAGCCAAGGCUCAGCUCUUGUCCCAGAUGAAAGACUUGGCCGACAAAGAGCGGGAAGAGGACGACGAGCUUACCUAUAAGAGACAGCUGAUGGAGAGUCUGCGUAAGAAACUGGGGGUACUGAGGGAAGCCCAACGGGGGCUUCAGGACGACGUCAGGGCCAACGCGCAGCUGGGGGAAGAGGUGGAGGGCAUGGUGGUGGGCGUGUGCAAGCCCAACGAGGUGGACAAGUUCCGCAUGUUCAUCGGUGACCUGGACAAGGUGGUCAGCCUGCUGCUGUCGCUGUCGGGGCGUCUGCUGAGGGUGGAGACCGCGCUCGACAUGCUCAACCCUGAAAACGAUGACGACGAGAGGCUCUCCCUGCUGGAGAAAAAGCGACAGCUCAUGAGGCAGCUAUCGGAGGCCCAAGACUUGAAGGACCACGUCGACCGCAGGGAGCAGGCAGUCAGCCGGGUUCUGGCCCGAUGCCUCUCCACGGAGCAGCACAGAGACUACAGCCACUUUGUGAAGAUGAAGGCAGCCCUGCUGGUGGAGCAGAAGCAGCUGGAAGACAAGAUCCGACUGGGAGAGGAGCAGCUGAGGGGGCUCAGGGAGAGUCUGGGGCUGGGCCUCGGUCUGGGAUUGGGAAUGUCUGUGGGCUACGGGCAUUACUGACUAGAUGCUUGGAAGUGACACUUGAAGUAGAGAGCAAAAAAAAAUGACUGUGCUUCUCAGGUUGCCGCACAAAGAUUCUAGCUCAGUUCAACCGCUACAUGGAAGCACCUGUGCCACUUUCAAGCAUGACUUGAUGCGAGAUGUGACACUCGUGUACGCAUAUCUCACUACCAAAGAAAAAAAGGCCUUAUGUUGUAAUUAUUCUUUUUUUGGGUGCUUCACAUUCAAUUGCAGUUUCUUGUUUUGUCUGUUACACCAUAGCAUCAUAUCACUGUGUUUUAAUUUACUGCGCGGAGUUUGACACUCCGCUCACAUAAAUGUAUAGAAGAGCCUCAUGUUUAUAAUGUAUACGUUGUGUGUGUGUAUAUAGCGGAUUUGAAUAUAGCUGGAAUGGCUGGUAACAAAUGCUUUUUUUUUUGUAAACUGCAUGAAUCUACUCAGUUGAAGUUGAUAACUUUUUUUGUGUUCGCCAUCAUCCAUUAAAAUUUGUCCAAGUGCCCACUA